GUUUGAGAAGGCAAUUGAGGUUGGGGAACCGCCGUCUGCGUUCGAGGACUUGGACAUUGAUGCGAUUGCCGUCGAUUCCUCCUAUGAUGGCGCUCGGUUGGAGAAAGAGAUGACUCAGGAGUUCAUCGAUGAUAUGAUUGAGAGGUUCAAGAACGGCAAGAAGAUUCAUCGCAAGUAUGCGUUCCAGAUCGUCAAGGCUGUCAAGGAUAUCGUCUAUGCGGAACCGACGAUGGUCGAGAUCGGCGUGGAGGAGGGUACUAAGUUGACGGUUUGCGGUGACACACACGGCCAAUUCUUCGACCUUCUAAACAUUUUCAACAUUAACGGCUACCCCUCCGAGACGCAUGCAUACCUCUUCAACGGCGACUUCGUCGACCGUGGCUCGUGGUCCACCGAGAUUGCCCUGCUCCUCUACGCAUACAAGUGGCUCCGCCCCAACCGCAUCUUCUUGAACCGGGGCAACCACGAGACAGACGACAUGAACAAGGUCUAUGGUUUCGAGGGCGAGUGCAAAGCCAAGUACAACGAACGCCUGUUCAAGGUCUUUUCCGAGUCCUUCUCCGCGUUGCCCCUGGCCACAUUGAUUGGCAGCAAGUAUCUUGUCCUGCACGGUGGCCUCUUCUCCGACGACCAGAUCACCUUGGACGAUAUCCGGAAACUGAACAGGCACAACCAAAGACAGCCCGGACAGCAAGGACUGAUGAUGGAGAUGCUUUGGACGGACCCUCAGACCGAGCCGGGCCGUGGGCCCAGCAAGAGAGGUGUCGGCCUGCAGUUCGGACCCGAUGUAACGAAGCGCUUCUGCGAGAAAAACGGACUGGAGGCUAUCAUUCGGUCACACGAGGUCCGCAUGGAUGGUUACGAGGUCGAGCACGACGGACGCUGCAUCACCGUCUUCUCUGCGCCCAAGUACUGCGACACCACCGAGAACAAGGUGCCUCACCCUGACAUCAAACCAAUGGCUUACGCGCAGAACUCCAUCCUGUCGAUGAUGUGAUAUGACCUUUACGAACUCAGCACUGGUUGGCGUUUGUUUCGGAUAGGAAGAAGAUCUCCCUUGUUUGGUCAGAACAUAGCGA